CGUGGUGGUGCCCGAGUUUCGAUGCUCUGCGCAUUGCUGCCGUCGAGGCAGAAGUUGACCCUUGCCUCUUUGCGUGAUACGAGAGUAUUCUCACGGGUAUAAGAUACGGAGGGAAGCUCCCUUAUCGCCGGAACUGCGUGGCUGUUCCGUUGAGGACACGAGAUAUGGAGCAUGAUGAGGAGAAUCACAGUUGACGAUGAUGACGGCGGUGGUCGAAAGGCCAAAUUCGUCUGGAACGAUCUUCAGGAUAUAAAAGGGCGAUGGAUCCGCUGCUGUGUCGACUGUCAAGCAAUUCUGCAUUCUCAUCGUUCUCUCGCUCAUACAAAAAGUACUUGGACUCGAGGCAGUAUCAAAAGAAAUUCUCAAAAAGCCAUUUCACCUUCAUCAUGACCGACGUAGCACCAACCGUUGUGUUCAUCACAGGUGUUGGACGAGGCAUCGGAAAAGGUCUCCUCGAAACCUACCUUCGCCGCGACAACCACCUCGUCAUCGGCAGCGUCCGCGAUGCCACCUCCCUCCAAUACGACGCCCUGAGAUCCCUACCAACCGGCUCCUCCUCUCGACUCCUCCUCGUAAGCCUCGAAAGUACCUCUUCCAACUCCGCUCAAGAGGCCGUACAAGAAGCCCAACGCCAAACCGGCAUCACCCAUAUCGACCACGUCAUUGCCAACUCCGCUGUUGCGCCCCCGCCUAGCGCCAUCGCUGACGUCGAUGAAGCUGAAAUGGCCGCCGCCUACGAUGUCAAUGUCCUUGGUCCCCUCCGCUUGUACAAAGCGACCCGUGAACUCCUUGACAAGGCGAAGAGGCCCAUAUGGACGACUAUUUCGAGUACCGCAGGCUCGGUGACCAAGGUGCAGGAAUUUGGCAUUGUGGCACUUUUGUCGUACGGAGCGAGUAAGGCGGCGGUAAAUUGGUUGACGGUCGCUAUACACACCACCCAUUCUACUUGGAUCGCCGCCGCAAUCCAGCCAGGCUUCGUCAGCACGGAUAUGGGACGCAAGUCACGCGCAAUCAUGGGCUUUCCGCCGCCGCCUAUGUCGGUCGAUGACAGUGCGAGCAAGAUUGUUUCUUAUAUGGAUAAUGCAACUCGCGAGAGCGCUUCAGGGAUCCUGUUUGACGUGAUGCACGAGACCAAGGUGCCUUUCUAAGUCAUCCGAGUCGUACUUCGAGCCUCCCCAUCUCCGCCUAGAUUAGUUUCUCGCCCUUCGAAGAUUUCGGGAGGAACUUUCUUUAAGGCAAGCUGUCCUAGUGGUCUACAAUCAAAGGAAUUUAUGGACGUGCUUGUUCACGAAACUUGGAGUCUUGUCUCGCUUCUCGACGUCAUGGAUGAUUGUCUGAAUCGGGACCUGUGCGGUAAGAUACGAAGAGCGCCUAUCCGGUCUGAUUACAAGGAGGGUGGUACCAAUCAACGUAGAUCGCAGAUUGCGAGCGUUCCGAGAGAAAAUACAUUUCGGUCAUUCUGAGUACAAAAGCUCCGAGGCUUGCUCGUACUUCCCUCGUCACAGCUGGACGACUAGAUU